GGCGCAGAUCAUUUUCUGAAUACGGUUCCGGCGUGCCGACGACACCGAUUCCCGUGUCCACUGACUGAUCGCAAGGCUUUUUACCCGAACAGCACAGAACUGUAGCAGCUGACGGGCGGAUGCGGAGGGAGGGUUGCCAAACCCGGCGGAAUUCUCACGGUCCGCGGACUAGAAGGCUCUUCUGUCCGGAUGACAGCCUCCCAACAAACAUAUGCUGAAAACUUUCAGCUGUCCGUUUGACGCGGGGGUGUUAUUUAGAUUUACAACCCGGUCCGAGAAGCAGUCAUGAUGCAGGUGCAAACUGUGGGCUAACGGUACUGAAAUGACUUGUUCGGCGCUGACGCGAUUCGUUGUGCCAUGCCAACCCCGCAUUGUCAGAUGCCAUUUUACUCUGCGUUUCCCAGGCGUUUGGGUUUCCAUUAUUCUGGGCCUGUUGUAUAAUUAGAAAGAAGUUCAUGAGGCAGUAGCAAACAAGCUGGUGCAAUGAGAAGCUACGCUGUCCGAGGAACAGUGCGCAGUUUGUGCUGAAGCUUAUGGGUCCUGCGUACUCGAGCACCCGGCUUCCAGUUGGAGAGGUGUGCUGCGGGACUACAGCGCACUGGCUGUCGGCUACACAUCUGGACCUCCUGACUGCUGUCAUCUGCGGCCUGAUCGGACGGUGUACUCCUUGAACUUGUGUGUUUUAAGGGGGAACUGAGUGAGGUCGCUUCGGGCGGUGUCGUAUUAGCAAGGAGGGGUGUAUAUUUGGCUCGGACUUGGGGUGGUGAUCCACUGGAACACCACAGUCCAAACCCUGACUGGCUGACUACUCCAGCCUGUCCAGCUAUGAAUUUUGCGUAGCCGAGUCACGCAUUUUUAAACGCAACACUAGAGUGACAUUGCAGUCUUGUCGCGACAUUGGUUAUUUCUUUGCAAGACUAAAAAAAAUAAAAGAGUGAAAGUGGAGUAUUGUCCGUCGUACGUCUCAACGCAGUGGGAUUUCUACGUCUGGUCGGCGUUCCCCCCCACCCUUCCCGCGGUGACGGUUAUGGGUCGGAAGCGGUGUGUCGGUGCAGAUUGUUCCAAGAUGGCGGCCGGGUGCUGCGGGGUGAAGAAGCAGAAACUGUCGGGAUCUCCCGGGUCGGGGGGUCCCGGCGGGGUGGGGGCGGGAAGCGGGGUGGCAGGAACCGGACAUUGUGGCUCGGAGUUGGGGAUUGGCUCCUCCGCGACGGUUGCAGCAACGGCGAACGUGAGCAGAGCCAACGGCCUGGGGGGACCCGGAGGUAACGUUAGCGGUAGCAGCGGCGGCACAAACGCUCUGUCCCCUGCCCCGGCCGGCUACUCUACAUCCGGCCUCUCCCCGAACCUCAGCCCAGGACCAGGUUCGGGAAGUGGUGGCAGAAAAAUGGUCGUCUCAGCAGAGAUGUGCUGCUUCUGCUUUGACGUGCUUUAUUGCCAUCUGUACGGAUACCAACCUCCGAGAACACCCAGGUUUACAAACGAUCCCUACCCACUGUUUGUCACAUGGAAAAUAGGCAGAGACAAACGGUUGAGGGGUUGUAUAGGUACAUUUUCUGCCAUGAAUCUGCACUCAGGACUCAGGGAGUACACCCUUACCAGAGUCUGUGAAACUCCUUCCGUCRUGYCGACUUCUGAGGACAGACUCUCGCAUUUCCGUCUCCUUCUCUGUUUCAGGUACCGUAGCGAGAAGAUGACGAUGGGUUAUGCAGAGUACAUCGCCCACCGCCAGCACCAUCACUACCAGAACGGCAUCGGGCACCCGGUGCCGUCGUAUAACCAUUAUUCCUGACAGCGAGCCGCAUGACCAAUCAUUGGACCUCUCCGCGGACCUUUUCCCAGGAGAGCCCGCCCCCUCCUGGUCUAGCUAUUUCUACUACUGUACCAUUUUAUGAUGAUAGUUUCCGUUGCCGUGCUGGCCGUCUCACAGACGUUGACAUGGCAACGGGUGGCAAUGAAGCAUCGUUCGAUUAUGGCGAGAAAACCAUGUUCCUUUUGUUUGCCCGUGGUUGAGCUUUUGCAGCAUAUGUAUACCUAUAUCUAUAACCCCCUCACCCCGUCCCCCUCCACYCGUUCAUAUUAUUUUGGGAAAAUUAACCAAUAUUAGAUUUUCAUUAAUAUUGCGUCUUUUCAGCAAAGCUAAUCAGGUGUUUGAUUCUGUGGAUGGAAGCGAGUCUCCUUGGGUGGAUUUAGGCUUUGCUACACUUUUACAUUUACUAACCCUUUUUAUUUUUAGCGUCUAACUUGUCGUUUGUUUUACUUCACUAUCCAGACGUGUAAUAUCAUGUAGCAAAGGCGAACUGCAGUUCCAAAAGGCUGUGUCCUCACUACUUUCAAUUCCUCUCAAAAACUUGACUGCUGAGGUCGUGCUGGCCUUGUAAACGCUCGUCGUGUCGUAGUUGGAAUUCGUACGCGGGAUGCGUGUACUCCAAAGUGUAGAUAGGAUUGUGACGCCUUUUGAUCGGCUUUUGCUGAUGCGGUUUAUUGAUUUGGGUCACAAUUGUGUGUGUGUGUGUGUCACUGUGUGUGGAUUAUAGGCUCCACUUUGUCACAAGAUGGAAAACCAGUAGAAUAAAUUAGAAAUUGGGUUUCAGCUACAGGUUCAGCUGCAUUUGUUUGGCUUUAAGUAAAAUUUUAAACGUAUUUCCGAGGGUUCAUUUAGACUUCAAGAAGGUCGAGGAACAAAAAGAUGUACAUGAAGCUUUUGUUUAAUUAAAAAAGUGAGUGUUUCUUUGUUUUCUUUUUGUUUUUUUCUGGGUUUACUGACAGGGAGUCGCGCGAUAGGGACGUGCUGAAACAAUUUAAAGCCAUACUCUAUCUUCCGCAGUUUUGUCCGUUAUCAGAGGCGUUGGGUGCUGAAACGUUGCUUCAGUCCGAAACCCAGACGCUUCACUUAGUUCCUCGUGUCAUCGUGAAAACUUCGUCUUGCAUUUUCCGAUUAUUAACCAUCGUCUCGCAGAGUACGACGUAUAUUUAAGAAGAAGAAGAA